AUGGCCGUUCCCCAGGAGAGCAUCGCCGCUUUCGACAUCAACCACCCUACACAGUGGGACACAUGGCUUGAGAUUCUGGAGAACCACUUCACCUGCCACGACAUAGUGGACGGGGGUAUCCCCGGAGUACAGCCAUUUUUAGAUGAUGUGCUCAUCACGGCUCCGGACUUGUCGUCUUUUGCCGACUGGCUUCAGCUGGUGCUCCAGCACUUCGACGCGGCCGGUCUUAAAACAUGCCCCUUGGGCCUGGGGCCUGAGCAUGCUGUGGCGUUCCAGGCCGUGAAGGACCUGCUAGUUUCAAACUCGGUCCUUUCGCAUUUCGAUGAGGAUUUGCCAGUGGUCCUCGCCUGCGAUGCAUCUCCGUAUGGGGUCGGGGCAGUCCUGGGCCACCAGCUACCAGCUGGCCAGGAGGUUCCAGUUGCCUACUAUUUGAGGACCUUGUCAUCUGCGGAAUGCAACUACACGCAGAUCGACAAGGUGGCGCUCACUAUUGUGGCGGGGGUGAAGAAAUUUCACCACUACCUGUACGGGUGGCCUUUCACAGUCCUGACCGACCACAAGCUGCUUCUCAGCCUCCUGGCCCCUGACCGCCAAACCCCACAGAUGAUGUCACCCCGGGUUCUCCAGUGGUCUGUUUUUUUGGCAGGGUACUCGUAUUCGCUUGUCCACCGGCCUGGGAAACUGAUGGGCCAUGCGGACGCCCUAAGCCGUCUCCCACUGCCUGCUAUGGAUCCAGACCCAGCUCUGGCUCAUCAAAUUGCACUUUUGGAGGCCCUCCCCGACCAGCCAGUGUACGUUCAUGAGGUGAUGUGCCGCACGGCCAAGGACAAGGUCCUCUGCCACGUCUUGGACUGUGUGAGAAAGGUGGUUCAACUCACACUUCCUGAAGAUCAAAUGGUUAGCAUGACCACAGUAACCGUAGGGCUGAGCACUGUAUUGACCUGUGCUAUCCGUGGACCUCUGAGGCCUCCAAUCAUCUGGAAACGCAAUGGAGUCAUGUUGAAUUUUUUAGAUUUGGAAGAUAUCAAUGAUUUUGGAGAAGAUGAUUCUCUCUACAUCACCAAGGUAACAACUAUUCACAUGGGCAAUUACACGUGUCAUGCCUAUGGCUAUGAAGAACUGUAUCAGACCCACAUUCUUCAGGUGAAUGUGCCACCAGUGAUUCGUGUCUAUCCAGAAACCCAGGCACAAGAACCUGGUGUAUCAGCAAGUCUCAAAUGUCAUGCUGAGGGCAUUCCAAAUCCUAAAAUUUCCUGGCUAAAGAAUGGCAUUGGUAUCACACCAAAGUUGUCCAAGCAAUUGAUGUUGUUAGCAAAUGGAAGUGAACUUCACAUCAGCAGUGUUCGAUAUGAAGACACAGGUGCCUACACUUGCAUUGCUAAAAAUGAUGUGGGAGUAGAUGAGGAUAUUUCUUCUCUCUUCAUUGAAGACUCAGCUAGAAAGACCCUUGCAAACAUACUGUGGCGAGAGGAAGGCCUUAGUGUGGGAAACAUGUUCUACAUCUUUGCUGAUGAUGGUAUCACAAUAAUUCAGCCAAAUGACUGUGAGAUCCAGAGACACAUCAAACCAAAUGACAGAGUUUUUACCAGUUAUGCAGAAAUCUGUCCUAGAGUUGAAGGUGAAACCAUUCAGUCCUGCCUCUGGGCUUCUGCUGUCAAUGUCAGAGAUAAAUAUAUUUACGUAACGCAACCUAAGUGGAAUAGAAUAAUGAUCCUCGAUAUCCAAACUCAGAAAGUCAUUCAGGCCUUAGAUACUGAUCCUCUACCAGUAAAAUUACAUUAUGAUAAGUCACAUGACCAAGUUUGGGUACUUAGCUGGGUGGAUAUGGAAAAGUCCCAUCCAACACUGCAGGUAAUACCAGAGGCAAGUACAGGAGAGAAUCUGCAUAUCAUUCGUACCCAUUUGGACGGAAUGGAUGAUUACUUUAUCCCAACUACAAAUCUCAUCAUUAACCACAUCAGAUUUGGUUUCAUCUUUAACAAGGCAAAACCUGAAGUUCAUAAAAUAGAUCUGGAAACUGUGGCUCGCAUCAAGACGAUCAGCUUCAAAAACUACAGCUGCUUACCGAAGGCCAUGGCCUAUACACACUUGGGCGGCUACUACUUCAUUCAGUGUAAAAUGAAUACAUCAAUACCAGUUAUUCCACAGCUUAUAAUUGACAGUGUUACAGAUUCUGUUAUUGGCCCCAACAGUGGCAUAUCAGGUACUCCCUAUAUCUCCCCUGACGGACGCUAUUUGGUCAGCACUGAUGAACACAGUGGGAGGAUCAGAGUCCAGGAAAUUACAGUCCAAGGGGAAAUCAAGUUGAUUUAUGACUUACAAACCACUAUACACAUAUCCGAUCUGACAUUUCAGUCCUCUUUCACUGAAGGCAAUCAGUAUUAUAUAUAUGCUACUUCACAUUUGCAAACAGAUGUACUUUUUGUAGAGUUGUCAACAGGGAAAAUGGACAUAUUGAAGAAUUUAAAGGACCCUAUCAAAUCCAAAGACUGGCCCUGGAGCACCUGCAACAGAAUUAUCCAAGACAGUGGAUUAUUUGGGCAAUAUCUUAUUACUUCAGCCAAGGAUUCACUUUUUAUUAUUAAUGGGCGGCAAAACACAUUACGCUGUGAGGUUUCAGGUAUCAAGAGGGGUAAUACAGUGGUUUGGGUUGGAGAUGUAUGA